GCGUAGCCGUGUGUUUGAAUUUGUGUCACGUAGUUCUGCUCUUAAAAAAAAAAAAAAGAAAGAAAGAAAGAUAGAAUUGGCUGCCAACCCGACAAUUUAACUUCUGAAAAAUGGUAAUAUAACCACGUCAUCACUAAGAAAAGGACAGCCAAAACCUCGAAGAUUCUCCUUUUUCUACAAGGAAUUCUCUCCUCUUAUCUUCGAACUGCUUCUGUUUUGUAUAAAAUUUUCUUUUUCUUUUCUCUAACUCAGCCCCUGAAGAUUGAGCAACGAUCAGGGGGACACAUUCCUCACCCAACUCAGCAGUUAGCAUCUCAAUUGGAACUUAGAAGUUGGUCUUGUUUAGCACCGUCAGCUUCAAAGUCUUAAUCAGAGCUGUUGAUUUUGUGAGAAGAAGAAAAAAUAAUGGAGAAUCCCCAUCACUCUUUUUCUUUUGCUUCUCAAAGACAUGUAACUUACAGAUUAUUGAAGGCAGGCGAUUAACUCAGAUGGGAUGGUUAUACUGAAAUAGGUUUACAGUUUCCUAUUACUUUGGCAUUUGAAAAUUGAAAUCUGCAAAUUCUUUCAUUUGAGUAGUUGACAGUAAGAAUUAAAGUGCUAGUACAACCACUUUUAUGUGGUCAAGAAUUGUUAAUUCUAAAGUUCUUUAUGAUUGCAAUGACUACAGAAAAAAUCGGAAAGCUUCUGUGAUGCUUCCAAUAUCACAAAUUAUGAUGCCUUCCUCUGUAAACCUUCUGAUGUAGUAAUAUGUUGAAAAGGGAAUAAUUGUUGAAAUUCUAGUCUCCUUGUUUUCAGUAACAGAUCUGUAAGACAACAUAAGCAACAUAUGGAAUAUAUAUGAUAUAGGAUGAUUGCAAUACCUCAUGAGUUACAUUUCUGAAGAUAAAAUGGUGGAAUCAAUUCUUUCUUGCAGCUGUGGUUCUUGUGGGUAUGAGCUAAACCUAAGCUCCUCUAGUCGAAACACGGCAACAAUUGGUUCUAAAUAUGGAAAAUCUAUAAAGCGAGGGAUUAUAUCAUUCUUCAAUAUAGAUGAGAGCAGAUUUACACAAGUUGAUGAAUUCCAAUGUGUUCCCUACUUUUCAAAGCACUCGUGGGGUUUGUUCCGCCGUAGAACCAAACUUCUCUGCCGCAAGUGUGGCAACCACAUUGGAAAUGCUUUUAUAUUAGGUGGAUCUGAUUCACCCUCUGGUAAUGAAGUUUCUGGCCAUAGAAAAUAUGAUGUUAGAAUCCGUGCGUUACAGCCUUCAUCUGCUGAAGAACUUGGCACUCCACUUAUUGUGUGAUUUACUAGAAUUGUCUUCCUCAUUAUGGGAUU